AUGGAGCCCCGCCGCAAUCCUCCAGAGUACUUUCUCGAGAUCUUUGCGGAUUCGAAUUCCGUCAAAGAUGUACUAAAAGGCGUCUUAAACCUCAUCUUCUUCCACCGAUACUUUCCUUCAAUCCGACCCGGCACCGUCGACAUUCUCGACCUCACUCUCCCGACUGUGAAUGAUGUAGAACUCGAAACUUUGAUCGACUCGCGCGUAAACGCGCUGGUGCGCCAACAUCUCUCGACAUCCUCCAACUCCUACAGCGCCGGAAACGGAGUCCGAGGGCGCAUUGCCGUUGAGUUCUUUGAAAAGAAGCGAAGAAAAUCCGGCACGUGGUUUGGCAGUUUGGCAGGGAAAGGUGAAGAGGAGGUGUGUUGGGAGAUCUGGACUUUGGACGUGACGAUCGCGACGCCGAGGACGGAAUCCGAACGGGCAAAAGUCCGAAAAGCAAUGGAAAACAUGCUGCAAAAGGCGGCAUUGAAAAUCCUUACAAACGUCAAUCGGGACAAAGAUCAUAUACCUCCAAUCACGACAAGUGACUCGAAUCCUUUCCCGUAUCGAAUUGUCCUCAAUCCUCAAACGGAUAGUUGGGGUAAUCGCAUCAGCUUGUAUUGA